CUGGUUUCUAGGGAAACAAAUUGUUUAAUCUAUAGUGGCACUAAAUUGAAUUAAGUCUACAAAUCAAAAAUGCGUGUCACCUUUUGUACAGAUUUGGAUAAGAGUGUUGUAGUGACCAAUUGUGAAAGGAGAGGUUGGAUUCAAGUGGGGCCUGAUGAUGAAUGGAAUAUUUACUGGGCUGGGACUCAAACAUGUCGCAGCUUAUUUAGUGUAGACAGUGGUUAUCGUAUGAAUGAUAAUCAAAUCAUUAAUCAUUUUCCGAAUCAUUAUGAACUUUCCCGUAAAGAUUUGCUGGUGAAAAACAUUAAAAGAUAUCGUAGAGAAUUGGAAAAGGAAGGAAGUCUUCUAGCUGAAAGGGGGGAUGCAUCUAAAUAUCUUCAUUUGGAUUUCAUACCGAUUACAUUUGUGCUGCCAGCAGAUUAUAAUAUGUUUGUGGAAGAAUACAGAAAGACCCCACAGAGCACCUGGAUCAUGAAACCUUGUGGAAGAUCUCAAGGUUCAGGUAUUUUUCUCAUAAAUAAACUGUCAAAACUGAAGAAAUGGUCGAGAGAAGCCAAAACCCCCUUUCAGCAACAUUUGACAAAGGAAAGUUACGUUAUCUCGAAGUAUAUAGAUAACCCUUUGUUGAUUGGAGGAAAAAAAUUUGAUCUCCGCCUUUAUGUUCUUGUCACAUCAUUCAGGCCACUGAAAGCCUACCAGUUUCGUUUGGGUUUCUGCAGAUUUUGUACUGUGAAAUAUGAUUCUAGUGUAGCAGAAUUAGAUAAUAUGUAUGUCCAUUUGACCAACGUAUCUGUACAGAAGCAUGGGGGAGAAUAUAACUCAUUGCAUGGUGGUAAACUAAGCGUUCAAAAUUUACGUUUACACUUGGAAAGUACAAGAGGAAAAGAGGUUACAGAAACCUUGUUUGAUCAAAUAAGCUGGUUGAUAAUUCAUUCCUUGAAAGCUGUAGCUCCUGUUAUAGCUACAGACAGACAUUGUUUCGAGUGUUACGGUUACGAUAUCAUUAUUGAUAAUAAAUUGAAGCCAUGGCUUAUAGAGGUAAAUGCUUCACCCUCUCUGACCUCUACUACUGCCAACGAUAGAAUUUUGAAACAUAAAUUAUUGAAUAAUAUAUUUUCUUUAGUCACUCCACCUUCAGGAAUGCCAGAUGUUAGAUGGAACAAAAUACCGACAGAAGAUGCUCUUGGAGAUUUUGAGCUCCUUAUUGAUGAAGAUUUGAUAAAUUUGCAAGAUGGGGAUAGUCAUUAUUUGGUGAAAAAUAGCUACAAAUGGAAAUAAGUCUGCAUCUUUUUGAGAAAAUAUUCAACAUCCCGAUAACAAUAAUUAUACAAUGCUCAAUAUUUCACUAAAUACAAAAUGGCCUUAUGAAAAAAUUAAAGCAUCAACUUGAUGACAUAUUUUUGAA